AUGCUGCGGACCAGGCAGAAGGUCGACGAGGAAGCCGUGAACGCCCGCGGUGGCGCCGGGUCAGGGCUCUCCGGGCUAAUACAUGGCAAUGACGGCAAUGGCAAAGCGGCCAGCGCGUGGGCGACGCCGGCGGCCGAGGACGGCGCCCUCGAGUGGUGGUGCCUGCUGAGGCUCUCCGUGCCCAGCUGCCUGCCGGUGUGCCUGGAGUGGUGCUGUACGAGAUCAUGCAUGAUGCUCCUCAGCGGGGUCCCCAUCGCCGACCCCGAGGCGGCGGCGGCAGCGAUGCAUAUCCUGAUCCAGACCACGUCGCUGCUCUACAUCUUCCCGCACUCCCUCAGCUGCAUCUUGAACACGCGCGUCGGGCAUGAGCUCGGCGAGGGGCGGCCGGAGUGA